CUUAGCUUUAGCCCGCGGCUGCCAGGCUCAGUGCAGGGGCUGCUGUGGGAAGCGAGGAGGUGGUCGCGCGUGCUGGGCUGGACGGCGGCGGCACCACCCUGUGACAAGCAUGAAGCUGGCGAGCACAGCCCACCAGCCCCAGGGGUACUACGGAGCCGUGCAGGGCUUUCCAUGCAACCGCUGUGGGAGCCGGCGCCGCGAGGAACUUGGAGUUAGGAUUCCUAGACCACUGGGACAAGGACCAAGCAGAUUCAUCCCGGAGGUGGAGAUUCUUCAAGUGAGCACUGAAGAUACCCAAAUGCAUACUUUGUUUGCAGAGUCUUUCACAACUUUAGGGCGUUUGGACAACAUUACCUUAGUGAUGGUUUUCCACCCACAGUAUCUAGAGAGCUUUUUGAAAACUCAGCAUUAUCUGUUGCAAAUGGAUGGGCCACUGCCUCUUCAUUAUCGACACUACAUAGGUAUCAUGGCGGCUGCUAGGCACCAGUGCUCUUACUUGGUUAAUCUCCAUGUCAGUGACUUUCUUCAUGUUGGGGGUGACCCUAAAUGGCUGAAUGGUCUAGAGAAUGCACCUCAGAAACUACAGAAUCUGGGUGAAUUGAACAAAAUCUUGGCACACAGACCAUGGCUCAUUACUAAGGAACAUAUUGAACAACUGUUGAAGACUGAAGAACAUAGCUGGUCACUCGCAGAACUGAUCCAUGCUGUAGUUCUACUUACACACUACCAUUCACUUGCCUCCUUCACAUUUGGCUGUGGAAUCAACCCAGAGAUUCAUUGUGAUGGUGGUCACACCUUCAGGCCUCCCUCUGUCAGUGACUAUUGCAUUUGUGAUAUUACAAAUGGAAACCACAGUGUGUGUGAGACACAGGGCCCAGUUAGAAAUAUUCCAACUACGGAGCCUUCCAGUGAAGUGGAAGCACUUAUGGAAAAAAUGAAGCAGCUACAGGAAUGCAGAGAUGAAGCUAAAGCCAGCAAAGAAGAAAAGGCCACUCGUUUUGAGAAGGAAAAGAGAGAAAGCAUGUUGGUCUGUUGCUCAGAGGAUGAAGAAAUGACACCAACAAGAGAUGUAUCUCGCCACUUUGAAGAUACCAGUUAUGGUUAUAAGGAUUUCUCCAGGCAUGGAAUGCAUGUGCCUACAUUGCAUGCUCAGGACUAUUCAUGGGAGGACCAUGGCUAUUCACUGGUAAAUCGUCUGUAUCCAGAUGUGGGGCAGCUGAUCGAUGAAAAGUUUCAUAUUGCUUACGAUUUGACUUACAACACAAUGGCCAUGCAUAAAGAUGUGGAUACCUCAAUGCUUAGACGUGCAAUUUGGAAUUAUAUCCACUGUAUGUUUGGAAUAAGAUAUGAUGAUUAUGAUUAUGGUGAAAUUAACCAGCUACUGGACCGCAGCUUUAAAGUUUACAUCAAAACUGUAGUUUGUAUGCCUGAAAAGACCACAAAAAGAAUGUAUGAUAGCUUCUGGAGGCAAUUCAAACACUCUGAGAAGGUCCAUGUCAAUUUGCUUCUCAUAGAAGCGCGGAUGCAAGCUGAACUGCUUUAUGCUCUGAGAGCCAUUACUCGCUACAUGACUUGAAACAUCAGUUAAUGGUGAUGGAAGGUGCAGCAUAUUCUACCUACCAGAGGAUGAUAACAAUAAGUGGUGGCUAAAAGCUAUGAGAUCCAUCGUGCCAUAACUCCUUUAGUUUCAGCUCUUCCCUUGAUGGAAUGUCACUGCUGCUGCUAGAUGUGGUGGUAGGGGGACACAACUGUGCAGACAUGCUCCCUGAUCACUACAGCCUUGCUUCUGGUAGCACAGGAAACCAUGAUCUGUGGCAGCAAAGUAGCUAAUUAUGCAGCUCUUGUAUUGUUGCAAGUAGAUAAAAUCUGGAGCACAAGAAGAAUUUGAGGACUUCUGUUUUAUACAAGAAUAAUUGAUUUUAGUAAUGUCCUGAUGCUGCUGUAUUUGCUGUUGGAAUGAAGAGACUAGCAAUUCUAAUUAAGCUACCAAGUGAACAUAAACACUGCUAUUGUCUGAGCCUACAUUUUGAUAUGGUUUUAGAGAAAGUCCUUACUCAUAAUCCAACAGGACUUUUUUUUAAUACUGUUGCUUAGCUUUAAAAUAUGCUAGUGGCUUGGACUUGUUCACAGGGGUGUGGUUAAUUCAAGAGUGAGAAGGAGGGGAUGGGAAUUUUUAAAGCUGCUGAGUCUGCAACUGUGUGCUAAAUUCUUGGGAACAAGGAUGAGCAUAGUUUUUCUCUUUCUGUUGUUCCUAGGAGCUAGCUACAAUGUGAAAAUGUGAUUUCAGACUAUCAGGAAACCGCUCACUACAUUGCGUACUCACAGCUAUGGUCUAUCUCUUAGCAGCAGCAGCUUAAGUAGGAAAAUGGUGUAAAAUGUUAACUGCAAGUUUGGUAUACAGCUGGUUUUUUGGAUACUCUUGUAUGAGUGUGAACUGCUUCUGAAAUCUCAGUAUUACUGAAUUAUGAAAUAAACCUUUU